UCGGUUGGUCCAUUGUUGGUGUUUGCGGUAUUAUUCAUCGUUAGUUUUUUGCACGCUGCUGUUGUUGUUCGGUACGCUGUUGUUGACACUUGCCGCUGAUGGUUGGUAGUGGCAACGGUCAACCAAAUGAUUCUCUCUUAAGGCUCCAACAAACUUUUACGUGUGCUCCAGUCGCCAUUGCCUGCAGCCUCCCUUUGUUAGGCGGGGGGUUUUGGCAGUCCGCUAAUAUUGGUACGUCCGUCCUUCGAACAACUGUGCUGCGGAUAUGUUUGUUCACGUCCUCGCACUCAAUCAAUAACAACAAAUGCCGCCGGUCUUAUGUGAGUGUGGUUAAUCGGUGAAAAUAAAUUAUGCAUCCACAGAGCAUAAAGUGAUAACAAACGGCACCAACAACGACAACAACAACUUCAAUUGAAAAGUGAAAAUGAAAAAACACAAUUAGCCUUUGUCAGUUGGGGGACAAACGAUUGAGGAGCGAGCACAUAGUGAGGUGAAAAUUGCUGUGGUUUUAGUGUGAAAAUAACAUAACACAAAGAUAGAGAGUGAGAGAGAGCGAAAAAUUAAUAACAAAAAAUAAAAGAAAAAUAUAUAUUAAACCAAGUUGUAAUCACUUAAACUCCUGCAAGCAUACCACUCAAAUCACUUUGUCUUUUGAAGCAAAUCAAUUUCGCCUUAAUAUUUGUUGAAGUAUAAAUUCAAAGCUCUCCAAAAUGGAUCAUCCAAAUCUACCCUUUGGAUUUGCCUUACCGGGUCAUCCACCCAUACCGCCAACAGCAAACAUGAUGGCCGCUCACCCUGCAGCUCAUCCCGGACCAACGGCCAGUCCUCCACAAAGUGUACCCGGUCGACGAACACCACUUGGCUCAGUUGGUCUUGGUGGAUUUUACGCCCAAGGUUUGGGUAUGAUGCAGGGUGCUUCAAUGCCACCAGGUGAUGAAAAUAAAUCAGAUUCUGGUACCAUUGUUAACAUGGAUAAAACAGUGGCAAGUCUAAUUUUGGGACCUUCAACAAGCAGUGGUGGUCCUAGUUCUUUGAUGGCGGGUCCAGGUAGCAGUAGUGCCGGUGGUGGAGGCAGGGUGAGAGGCGGUGGCGGUGGAGGAGGGAUAGGAGCAGAUUCAGACAGCGUUGGUAUUCCUGGAGCUGGGGGAAAACAAAAGAAUAGACAAGGCAAAACAGUGAGGCUCAAUAUAAAUGCAAGGGAACGCCGUCGAAUGCAUGAUUUAAAUGAUGCCUUGGAUGAAUUGCGUACUGUGAUACCUUAUGCGCACUCACCUUCCGUUCGUAAACUAUCCAAAAUUGCCACCUUACUAUUGGCUAAAAAUUACAUUCUUAUGCAGCAGAACGCCAUUGAGGAGUUAAGAAGACUCUUAGCCUAUAUUCAAAGUACUACCGGAGCGGCUCCUCUGGAUUUGGCCUCAUUCCCAGCAGCAGCAAAAUUGCAGGCCUUAUUGCAGGGAGCAGGCGUGGAACCACCAACGGGAGGAAAUAGCUAAACAGACGCUAUUGCAAGCUUAGAGUAAUAGAAUUAUAAAACAAACUUCAAACAGAAGAGAAAUUAAACAAUUUUAUAGAGUUGUGCUAAAAUUACAACUUCGAUGGAACGACAAUUUUUAAAAAAGGACAUUGUGUAAGCUUAGAAUUUAUAAAAAUUUUGAAAGUUGAAGCCUAUAAACUUCAAGUAAGGACACUUGCAAAUUUCUAAAAUCAACAAUACACAAUUUAAGUGCUUGCAAUAAAGAUGAAGUUGGAAUGAAAAACUAAAUAUUUCUUUACAAAUAUUUGAAAUUGAAGAGAUAUACACUGUGUCAUCGUUUUCCAAAGAUUUCAGUUGUAUUUUGAAUUGCAUGAGAAAAGCUAUAAUCAUGAAAAUUUUUAAAACAUACCAAAAAUCCAUCUAGUCAGUAUGAAUACAAAAAUUUAUUCAAUAUAUGUUGUAAUUUUUUUUUUUAAAUUCUUAGAAGUGAUAUUUUUUAAUAAAACAACAGACAAGAAGCAAUGAAAAAUGGAGAGAGCAAUAAAUAUCGAUUUAUUGAACUAUUUUUUAAGUUUUAUUGUUUUUAAGUAUAUAACUUAAAUAAGCAGCUAAUACUUGUGAGAUAUUGAAAUAAAUGAU